AUGAAGUGUAGCUUUUGUGAAAAUCAAAGUAAAUACAAAUGUCCCAAAUGUUUGAGUCAUUAUUGUUCAAUCUCUUGCUUCAAAUCCAAUGAACAUAAACAAUUGGACGAACUUAAAGCGUCCCACGUUGAAGUUCCAGUACCAAAAGUUGUAUUACCACAAAUCACUGAAACCGAAUCUAAAAUACCAAUCGAUUUGAAGUAUCAAAAAGUGCUUGAAAAUGAAACUGUACAGAGAUUUUUAUCGGAACCAGCGUUAAAGCAUCAUCUAAAUGAUAUCGUUAAACUAAUGAAUAAAUUACUGGCCAAUGAUCAGGAUUUAGUCAAUAUUAAAAUCAACGAAUUAAGGAAAGGUGGGAUCCAUGAAAAUGUUCUAGUGGAAGAGUUUAUCCAAACUUUCUUAGAUAUCUAUGAACAAGUGUAA